AUGUCGUUGUCCCGCAGCCCCUCUCCCGUCCCCGGUGGAGGCUGGGCGAGUCCAGGCCUUACAAACAACCUCAGCCCGAGCGGUCGAUCGAGUCCUACCAAGGCUUACGCCGGCGGAUCCAACGGGACGCCCGUCAUGUGGGAAAGGCAAAAAAACAUGGGCGGCCCCGCAUACCAGUCCUUCUCGACACAGAAUCAGGGCUUUUUUAGCCGCCACAUGCGCCGGAUAUCCAGUUCGCUGCCCCGGUUCAGGCACGAGAACACCCAUGGCGCAGAAAGAGAGAAGAUUGGGGUCGAAAGUCGAUGGUCCGGCCUGAACAUGCCGCGACUCGGCAGGAUACGAAGCCUCCCGGGGAGGAUGAGCAGGAGGACCAAGAUGCUGAUAGUCUUUGGCCUCUUGUUCCUGCUAGGAUACAUCAUCUUUUAUAGCACUCCCCCCGGUUUCUUCGUCAUCAUUCUGGCGGCCAACGUUGGCGGUGGUGUCAUGGAGUGGAAGGGCGCCAGGGAAUGGGCGAUCGAGAGGGACUCGAUCCGCAACAAGAAGAAAUACGUUGCCAAGUGGGGAUACGAUCUCGAAAUUGUCGACAUGAGCACCAAGAAACGCUAUGCUCACGAAUGGCGCGAGAGCUGGGAGAAGGUCGACUUCGUCCGCUCUACACUGAGAAAGUAUCCCAAGGCAGAAUGGGUUUGGUGGCUCGACCUUAACACCUUCAUCAUGGAGCCAUCGAAGUCUCUGCAGGACCAUAUCUUCGACCACCUUGAGGAUGUCACCUACCGCGAUAUCAACGAGUACAAUCCGCUGAACAUUUCCCACCCCCCGGCCGACCCUUAUCUCGACGAACUCUCGAAAAGCCCGAUUGGAGAUGGCAACCCGAACUCGAUCCACCUCAUGUUGUCGCAGGACUGCUCUGGAUUCAACUUGGGUUCCUUCUUUAUGCGCCGCGGCACCUGGACGGACCAUUUGCUUGACGUUUGGUGGGAUCCUGUUGCUUAUGAACAGAAGCACAUGGAAUGGGAACACAAGGAGCAAGACGCUUUGGAGCAGCUUUACAUUGCGCAACCCUGGAUUCGCAAGAGCACAGCCUUCCUUCCGCAGCGCAUGAUCAACAGUUUCCCUACAGGCGCUUGCUCCGAAAAGGGCACUGAUACGCGCAUCCACUACGACCAGAAGGAUCGGGAUUUCCUAGUCAACAUGGCCGGUUGCGAAUGGGGCCGUGACUGUUGGGGCGAGAUGUACAACUUCCGCGAGUUGAGCUAUUACCUCAACCGGUCAUUGUGGGAACGCUUCAAGGAGGACCUCCUUUGCUGGAUCUGGUUCAAGAUUACCGGCAAGAAGGUCAAGUUUUAA